UUCGUGUUUGGUUGGUCUGUUCGUGGGGUGUCCUGGCAAAUUUUUUGACAGCCGCUCGCUCGCUCAGGUGAGACAUCUCAUUCUGGAGCUGUUUCACUUUCUCCGAGUUUCCCGACACACUGGCAGUGAGCCUGGGGCUGACAAACACCAAAAACUCCGCCUCCAAGCCCAAUCACCACGGCAAUAUGAGCAAAAAGAAAAAGGACUGGAGGCUGGAAAAAGAACGUCUCCUGGGAUUGGGGCUUGAAGAAAGACGUAAGGAAUAUGGAAAUUAUGUGCCACUGGAGAAAAUUCCUUCUUGGAGGAAAAGUGAGAAAAACAAGGAAGAUGCAGAGGACUCCUCCCUGCAGGCGAAUGUUCUUAGUGAAAAAGUAUCUCUCUACAAAGGAGACAUCACCCUUUUGGAAAUUGAUGCCAUCGUUAAUGCUGCCAAUUCAAGUCUCCUGGGUGGCGGAGGGGUGGAUGGCUGCAUUCAUCGGGCUGCAGGUCUUUGCUUGCUAGAUGAGUGCCAGACCCUCAAUGGAUGUGAAACCGGCAAUGCGAAAAUCACCUGUGGAUAUGACCUUCCAGCAAAGUAUGUCAUUCACACGGUGGGCCCGGUGGCCCGAGGUCACGUCGGGAAGACUCAGAAAGACCUUUUAGCGGCUUGUUAUGAAAGCUCCCUGAACCUGCUGAAGGAGAACGGCUUGAGAUCUGUGGCCUUCCCUUGCAUUUCGACUGGAAUAUACGGGUUUCCAAAUGAACCUGCUGCAGAAAUCGCCCUUGAAACGGUGCAGAAUUGGAUAAAGAAGAAUUCAGAUGAGAUUGAACGUGUCAUCUUCUGCGUAUUUCUGGAAAUGGACCACAAAAUCUAUAAGGAGAAAAUGUCCAAGUUCUUCUCAACAGACAAUGAUGCAAAUGAUGAAUCAGGAAAAGAAGCUGCAGAAGAAAAAGAGGCAGAAGAAGAACCAAAGAGCCCCAAAAAGGAGAAACUCAACAACGGUGAAGACAGCGGUGGAGAAGGUGAAAUUGAAGAAGAAGAGGAGGGGGAACACUGUAAUCGUGAAAACAAACAAGUGGAAAGUCCGAAAGGUGAGGAGGACCAAAGUGAUACUGCAGACAUCGAAAUGGAGAGCCAGGAUUUAGGCCAGGAGAAGGUCAACCUGAAUGAGACAGAGAGCAAAGAAGAGAGUGAUGAGGACGCCGCCCAAAUGAAUGAUGGCCAAGACAGAGAAGAAAGCAAAGGCAAUCCCGAGAAGGAUGAAGUAGCCUCUCAGUUAAUGGAGAAUGAAAAGGAGGCAGCUGUGCAUCCGAGUGACGAUUCCGCACUGGGGCCUGAAGAGCAUCCCAAAGACACUAGGAAACAAGAGGGUCCAGGAGACGGUGCUGUGGUAGAUGAUGCAGUGAAAACGGAGGACACCGAACAUGAUGAAGACAUGAACACUCAGGUGGAGGAGUCACAGGAAAUGCAAGCAGAAAGCAAUCCUUCCAAAGAUGAGACGGAAGAAAUGAGUUUGUGACUCAGCAGUGAGCGAGUGAAGACAAUCAGACGCUUUCUUCUGGAAGGCACUCACGUCACACCGAAUGUUUGCCUCGGAGAGAUUCAUGUCACUGGCUGGGGGAGCAGAUUAGGGGAUGAUUUCUUCUCGUACAUAUCAUGAUUUUUUUUAAAUUGGUUUCCUGCCAGCGGGUCAACGUCGCCCGCUUUGCUUUACUCGCUCGCUUGCUUGCUCUCGAUAUUAUUCUUUGGGUAACUGGUGACUCUUGUGUUUAAUGGUGCAUUUUGAGAGUGCAGUCGUAAUUCCCUGUCGCUUGUUUCUGUUAGACGUGCGCACGCCAAGCACAUGAAAUCUACUUUGUUGAGCGUGCUCGCCUCAGCCCACUUGUGGCAUGGGGUGCGCUCCUUGACUUUCUUUAAUUUUUGUCAUUUUUUUGUGGGAAAUCAUGGCAGACGAAAACUGUAAGAAGAGCAGAAGUUGUGGCGCCCAUUUCCACCUGGCUCCGAUUCAAUCGGGCUGGGAAUUUCGCUGCAUGCUCACUUUGCGUUUAUCCGGUUGAAUUUUGCUUUGGGUAGCUUUUAUGUUCUUUUUCUUUUUUCUUUUCUCAUGACUUGCCUUAUCUGCCUUUAACUACUGGGACGCUGGAAACUGAAUAAAGUGAAAUAAAGAGAUGGUGAAGACA